UGUAGCUCGCUGGGACUCCGUGGCCAGCCGUCUGUCACUUUUACCGGGGAUCAUUUGUCUGACAUUACCGCGGAAUGGGAAGGACCGAAUUUCUUGUUUUGUACAGUUACUCUGCAUGAAUGUGUCGCGUGAUGCGACCGAGAGGAGCUGCCUUCGGGGGGACAUAUUUAUGGUUCGGGACGGUUUUGUUGGAGUAGCUAGUUGCUAGCGCGGAGCUAGCGACUGUGCUGGCUACUUGGAACGUAUUCGCUAAGGAUGCUACGGUGGAUACGACAACAGCUGGGCUUUGACCCCCCUCAUCAGAGUGACACCAGGACGGUUUAUGUGGCAAACCGUUUCCCGCAGCAUGGCCACUACAUACCGCAACGCUUUGCUGACAACAGAAUCAUCUCCUCCAAGUACACAAUUUGGAAUUUUGUCCCAAAGAAUCUGUUUGAGCAGUUCAGAAGAAUAGCCAACUUCUAUUUUCUCAUCAUCUUCCUUGUGCAGUUAAUGAUAGACACCCCAACUUCCCCAGUCACCAGCGGCCUGCCUCUCUUCUUUGUGAUCACAGUAACUGCCAUAAAACAGGGCUAUGAGGAUUGGCUGAGACACAAGGCGGACAAUGAGGUAAACGGGGCUCCAGUGUUUGUGGUUCGCAGUGGAAGUCUGGUCCAGACAAGAUCCAAGAACAUCAGGGUGGGGGAUAUUGUUCGUGUGGCUAAGGAUGAGACAUUCCCAGCUGACCUGGCAUUGCUGUCAUCAGAUCGUGCAGAUGGCACCUGUCACAUCACCACAGCCAGCCUCGAUGGAGAAACCAACCUUAAGACUCAUUACUCUGUGGCGGAGACAGCAGUGUGUCAGUCGGUGAACCAACUGGAAGCCCUGCAGGCUGUGGUGGAGUGCCAACAACCAGAACCUGACUUGUACAGGUUUGUCGGCCGUAUUACGGUGACUCAACAUGGAGAGGAGAUAGUCAGACCGCUGGGCCCGGAGAAUUUGCUGCUGCGAGGAGCCAGGUUGAAAAAUACCAAAGAGAUUUUUGGUGUGGCAGUUUACACAGGGAUGGAGUCCAAGAUGGCCCUCAACUAUAAGUGCAAGUCCCAGAAACGCUCUGCAGUAGAGAAGUCGAUGAAUACCUUCCUAAUCAUCUACCUGGGCAUCUUGCUGUUUGAGGCCGUCCUCAGCACCAUCCUGAAGUACGCCUGGCAGGCUGAGGACAAAUGGGACGAGCCUUUCUACAACCAAAAGACAGAACAAGAGAGAAACAGCAGUCCAAUCUUAAAGUUCAUCUCAGACUUCUUGGCGUUUCUGGUCCUUUAUAACUUCAUCAUCCCCAUCUCGCUGUAUGUCACCGUGGAGAUGCAGAAGUUCCUUGGCUCCUUUUUCAUUGGCUGGGAUUUAGACCUUUACCAUGAGGAGAGCGACCAGAAAGCUCAAGUCAACACCUCUGACCUCAACGAGGAGCUUGGACAGGUGGAGUAUGUGUUUACAGAUAAGACGGGUACGCUAACGGAAAACGAGAUGCAGUUCCGUGAGUGUUCAAUUAACGGAACCAAGUACCGGGAAGUUAACGGCAAACUGGUACCAGAGGGAAUGACUGAAGAUUCUCCAGAUGGUUCUACGCCUCACCUGAUUGGUGAGGAAUUGUUAUUUCUUAAGGCGGUGUCGUUGUGUCACACGGUUCAGAUCAGCUACGACCAGCCAGACUGCCUGGUUGGGGGUGGAGACCCAUUCUCCCAUGUCAACGGUUUCUCUUCCAAUCACAUGGAAUAUUACGCCUCUUCCCCGGACGAGAAAGCUUUAGUAGAGGCAGCAAAGAGGAUCGGAGUGGCCUUCACAUGCAGCAGUGGAGAUACCAUGGAAAUCAAAACAUUUGGCAAGGCAGAAAAAUAUAAACUGCUCCAUGUGUUAGAGUUUGAUGCUGACCGCAGAAGGAUGAGCGUCAUACUGCAGACUCCCUCAGGAGGCCAAGUACUGUUCACUAAGGGUGCCGAGUCGGCCAUCUUGCCUUUCACUACCAGUGGUGAGAUAGAAAAGACGAGGUUGCACGUUGACGAGUUCGCUUUGAAAGGUUUGCGAACCUUGGUUGUAGCGUGUCGCCACUUCAGCCCGGAGGAGUACAUUGAUGUGGACAGGCGUCUGAAUGCUGCCCGCACCGCGCUGCAGCAGAGGGAGGAGAGACUACAGGAGGCCUUCAGCUACAUUGAGAGAGACCUGCAUCUGCUGGGAGCAACGGGGGUUGAGGACAAACUCCAAGACAAAGUCCAGGAGACCAUUGAAGCUCUGCGGCUGGCAGGGAUCAAAGUAUGGGUGCUGACAGGGGACAAACAUGAGACGGCGGUCAGCGUCAGCCUGUCCUGUGGCCACUUCCACAGAACCAUGAACAUCCUGGAGCUUUUGCAGCAACAUUCUGAUAACGAGUGUGCUGAGCAGCUCCGCAGACUGGCCAGGAGGAUAAAGGAGGACCAUGUCAUACAGCACGGGUUAGUCGUAGAUGGAGCCAGUCUGUCUUUAGCGUUGCGGGAACACGAGAAGCUCUUCAUGGAAGUGUGUAAAAACUGUUCAGCCGUGCUGUGCUGCCGCAUGGCCCCGUUGCAGAAAGCUAAGGUGGUGCGUCUUUUAAAAACCUCUCCCGAGAAACCCAUCACCCUCGCUAUUGGGGAUGGAGCUAAUGAUGUCAGUAUGAUACAGGAAGCUCAUGUGGGCAUAGGUAUCAUGGGGAAGGAGGGUCGUCAGGCCGUGAGAAACAGUGACUAUGCAAUCGCCAGGUUUAAGUUCCUGGCUAAACUUCUGCUGGUCCACGGUCACUUCUACUACAUUCGAAUAGCUACGCUUGUACAGUACUUUUUCUACAAGAAUGUGUGUUUUAUCACGCCCCAGUUUUUAUACCAGUUCUUCUGUCUGUUUUCACAACAAACUCUGUACGACAGUGUUUAUCUGACACUGUACAACAUCUGCUUCACCUCGCUGCCGAUCCUGGUGUACAGUCUGUUUGAACAGCUGGUCCAUCCGCACGUACUGCAGAAUAAACCUGGCCUGUACAGGGACAUUAGCAAGAACUCUCUGCUAUCUUUCCGCACGUUCCUGUACUGGACUCUGUUGGGCUUCUGUCAUGCUUUCGUCUUCUUCUUUGGAUCCUACAUACUGAUGGGAGAAGACACCACACUUAUGGGCAAUGGACAGAUGUUUGGGAACUGGACUUUUGGAACGUUGGUCUUUACUGUCAUGGUCAUCACUGUCACAUUAAAGCUUGCUUUAGAGACUCAUUUCUGGACGUGGAUGAACCAUUUUGUGACGUGGGGUUCGAUUGCCUUCUACUUCAUCUUUUCUCUCUUCUAUGGAGGCAUCAUCUGGCCGUUCCUCCAUACCCAGGACAUGUACUUUGUAUUUGUACAGCUGCUGUCCAGCGGUUCAGCGUGGUUUGCCAUCAUUAUCAUCGUCAUAACUUGCCUCUUUCCUGAUGUGGUGAAGAAGGUCUUCUACCGGCAUCUGCAGCCCACCAGCACACAGAAGAAUCAGUCUCUAUCAGCCUCCCAGACGCAGGCCCUCAGCUGUGUGGAGUCCCUGUGCUGCUACCAACAUGGGCAGAGCGGCUGUUCCCGCCUGGCCCGCCUCCUGGAACAAAUGACGGGGCAGUGCCAGGCCGGCACCAACCAUUGCCACGCAUCCAGCCGCAGCAACAGGUCUUGGAGCGACACGGAGAACUUCUACUCCAAUGAUCGCAGCAUCCUGACGCUGUCGCCCAUCGAGGCCACCCACUGCUGACUCCCAGGGCCGCUGACUGUAACAGGCAGAGCUGGGGGAGCGCUUCUACUCCGCUAGGAGAACAUAAUCACCCCGCUGCCACCAUUUUAUAAACCUAUUUCUAUUUAAGCUCAGUGCAUUGUCAGCUGGAUGCAACGCGGACGCAUUAUUUGAAACCAAAGGACUCAGCUCAGUGCAGCGGGCUUCUUUCGACUCCACCGAUAUGUUUUCCCCGAGUGAAUCAGUUCUUAGUAGCAAGGUUGAGAUGGGAGCUGAGACGUGGAAGGAAAUAAAACAUGAAGUGUGGCACAUCAGCAUGGCAUGAAGUUAGACAUCUGUGGAGCUGCUCCUGAAGGAAGAUCAACUCGGCACCUGAGCAGUUAUCAGAUUCCUGCUGCUUUCAGAGUCUCAGCAAUCACAAGUAUCUGAAAACAUUUGAAUUCAGGAAGUUUUUAAAGGUCAAAGAAGACGUGUCAGCUCACUGGUGCUUCCCUCUGAGAUCAGCCCAGGUACAUGAACUCUCAUACAGCUAUUUUUUUUUUUUUUUUUUAGCACAGUUGCCAGACUUAUUUUUUCUUGCAACUGGCAUUAAAAUGAUCUUGUACGUCUUACAAAUUUGUGGACGUGGAAUGAAGAUUCAUGACAAUCUUGAUUUUUUUUUUUUCAUGUCAGGCAGCAGUCCUGCCCAAAGCAUAGCAGCCUACGGACGUUAAACCUAACAACCCGAUUUCGACAUGCUGAUUAACCUCAACACAGGACCGAGGUGGCUUAUACCAGGAUGUAGCACCAGGAUGGAAGCUCUGCGAAGUCGGACUACAUUAGAAAUAGAUCUCAGAGCUUUCAGCUAGCAGCUGAGGCUCAACAUCAUGUUGCUUCCAUUGGACGCUACAUAAACUUCCUCUUUGAGCCGUCGGCCUCGCUGCACCUUUUCAUUCAGAUGGAAAGGGAAAAAGUUAGACUACCUGUAGCUUUCAGAGCCUUGCUGGUUCUGUUAGUGUCUAGACUUGUUUCCUGACAGAACGCCGUCGAUACUGUUUGAGGAGAUUCAUCUCCACCGUGGAACCAAAGACCAAAGGAUUCGACUGGAGUUUAGAAGAAAAAAAGUGUUUAUUUUUGUGCCUGAUUGUACAGAAGCGUAUAUAUCUUUGUUAAAAAGACUAUUAUUAUUGUUAGUGCUGCUUUCUUGUCUGACUGUUCAGACCUCUGUCUCCCCGCUGCGUUGUUCUGAAGGAGGCUUGAUGGGGUCUGUUUAAAAAGCCAUACAUUUUUAAGAGGUUAUUGAUAGAUUAUUGAAGGUACUGCAGCUGUUUGGGCCUGUUGUUGUCACUUUGUGUUUGGAGUCUUGUUCCCCUUGAAUGCCUUUUUCUCAGCCGGGUUAGCAAAGGCAUCUCAGCGUUAAAGACCAUGAUUCACGGGGGAGUAUUUUGAGGUAACGGGGUCGGUGUUGGAAGCUGACUUGAUGAGGUUUUAUGGCUAGAAUCAUCCCUCCCAGUUGCCUGAAAAUAUUACUUGAGUGUCGGAUCAGAUAACGGUACCAUUUUUGUUUUAGAGAGACAAAAAUGGCUUUAAUGGCGAGUUGCUUUUCCAGAUCACGGCUGGUGCACGUUGACCCAGACGGCAGAAUGUCUCUAUCUUUGGAGAGAAAGCUAUAUCAGAUGAAUCUAAUUCUACAGAGAUGAGAAGAAAAGCAGAGCGUUUGCACAAAUCACAUAUCGGAAUCAUAUUUUGUUGUUUCUCCAACCAUUGCUCGUCUGUCACCAUUGAAAUCAUCCGAAUCACGCUUUUGCUGUUUUGUUCUACCCACCUGUUAAAGUUUGGUUGUGUGUGUGUGUGUGUGUGUAAGUGUUGGUGUUUUUCUCGUACGGCAGCCAUGGUGGUUGAAGACGGUGCGAUACGUAGCAUUGUUCUAAGCUCUUGCUAUGAUCUUUGUGGCCACUGGUUCC